GCCAUUCAUCUCACGUAUUGCCUCAACUAAACUCAAGGUGUGUUCAAAAGGAACCACGUAGCAUUUCUCUUGACACACACACCAUGAGUGCCGUAAAGUUUAUUGGCAAAUUACGCCUACUUUUUAGUAAUGCCAAACCUUACCUCUUAAUGAUUGGCUUGCAAUUUGGCAUGGCCGGCAAUUACAUCUUCGGCAAGGACGUUCUCAACCAUGGCAUGAGUCGUUUUGUGUUCAUUGUCUACCGAAAUUCUAUGGCCACAAUUGCCCUUGCCCCUUUCGCAUUCUUUCUCGAAAGGAAAAGUAGGCCUAAGAUGACACUUCCAGUCUUUCUACAGAUACUAUUCCUGGGAUUCCUCGAGCCAGUUUUUAAUCAAAGCUUCACUUACUUGGGGAUGAAGUAUACUUCGGCUUCAUUCACAUCUACUAUUGUGAAUGCCGUGCCCUCUAUCACCUUUCUCAUUGCAGUCAUCGUCCGGUUGGAGCGUCUAAAAUUAAGGGAGAUUCGGAGUCAGGCGAAAGUGAUUGGAACAUUAGUAACCUUUGGAGGUGCUUUGUUAAUGGCAAUUUACAAAGGCCCUGCUUUCAACCUUUUUCAUUCUGGAAGCACAACCCCACAUGAAAAUGGAAGCCCCUCCUCUCACAGCCACCAAACCGCUGGGGCUAUUUAUAUACUAAUGGGGUGUGUGGCUUUGUCCUCUUUCUACAUUUUGCAGUCAAUAACGGUAAAAGGAUACCCAGCGGAACUAUCAUUGGCGACGUUGAUAUGCUUGGCGGGAGCAGCGGAAUCAACUGCAGUGGCACUUGUGGCUGAGCGUCACUCCCGUGCUUGGGCCGUUGGUUGGGAUUAUAGGCUCUAUGCUCCUUUUUACACGGGAGUAGUUAGUUCAGGACUUGCGUACUAUGUUCAAGGGCUAGUGAUGAAAAUAAGAGGGCCCGUAUUUGCAACAGCCUUUAAUCCUCUCUGCAUGAUCGUUGUUGCUGCUUUGGGCUCCUUUGUAUUAGGAGAACAACUCCAUCUUGGAAGUAUCAUUGGAGGCGUUGUCAUCGCAUUGGGUCUUUACUCGGUUGUGUGGGGCAAAGCCAAGGACUAUUCCGACACCAAAUUAUCAUCAAUAGAUGCAGGAGACACAAAAUCACUGCCAAUUACUGCAACUGAUGAUUCCAAAAUUGAUAUUAUUUCUGAGAAUUCGGAAAAACAUAAAUUAGAGGGGGGAAGAAACAGAGUUGCAUUUGUGAAGGUUUAAAUGUUUAAAUUGACUUCGAUCCACAAUGCUCGGAGAAAGUGAAAGCCGCACGUGUAGACUACCAGGAUUAAUGCUUUGGCUCCAGUCAAAUCUCAAAUGUAGGCCAGGCCAUAUAUCAAGCAAUAGUAUUCCUCUCUCUCUCUCACUCUCUCUCUCUCUAUAUAUAUAUAUGUUGUAGUAAUUAAUUUUGAGCAAGCUUCUAGGCACGUUCUGUUUGUUAGAGUAUUAAUGUACUUUAGUACUUCUGUAACCUAUGUACGUAGAUAUUGCAGUGAGGAUUUAUGAAUGUAUUUGUUGCCUAAA